AUGGGCGACGAGGAGGAGGUGAUGGACGUGCGGAUUCAGUUCAUCAACGAUCUGGACCCGUUCGUCUCCACGUCGGAUCGGCAGCCCAUGCUCCCGCUCAAGUAUUCGCUGGUGUUGAGUCAGGCGAUCGGCGAACAAAUGCCCGAUAUUAUCAGGAAAUUGAGGGCUCCACAUAAGGUAAGGGCCAUUUUUCGAUUAUUUUUAUCAUCAUUAUGCAUCGGUUUUUGGGUAAAAUACGAAUUAAAUUAACCAUUUCUUUGAUAAAAAAUGGGGUGUUUCUGCAUAACGCGGUUGAAAAAUUCUCGGAAAAUUCAUGAAAAAUUGUAAAUUUUGUCUUUUUAAAGCUUAAAAUUUUUUUAAAAUUGAGAUUUUUUGGAUUUAAAACUCUCAUAAUUUUUUUGCUUCUGCAUAACGCGGUUUGAAAAUUUCGGAAAAUUCUUGGAAAAUUGUCAAUUUUGUCUUUUUAAUAUUCUAAAAUAUUUUUUAAAAUUGAGAUUUUUUGGAUUUAAAACUCUCAUAACUUUUUUGUUUCUGCAUAACGCGGUUGGAAAAUUCUCGGAAAAUUCAUGAAAAACUGUAAAUUUAGUCUUUUUAAAGCCUCAAAUUUUUUUUAAUUUGAGAUUUUUUGAAUUUAAGAGUCUCAUUACUUUUUUGUUUCUGCAUAACGCGGUUGGAAAAUUCUCGGAAAAUUCAUGAAAAAUUGUAAAUUUUGUCUUUUUAAAGUUUCGAAAAAAUUGAAAAUGAGAUUUUUUAAAUUUCAAUGUCGCAUAAUUUUUUGUCUCUGCAUAACGCGGUUGAAAUUUUGCAAAAAAAUCGUAAAAAUUUCGAAAAAAAAUAUUUUUUCGAUUUUUUAAAUAUAUUUUACAAAAUUUUUUUCAGCCGGGCGAUGCACAACUUCAAGUGAGUCCAUCGGCAACUGGCGACCUCGGUUCGUAUUUGGACUCGGAUCUGUCGAUAUUGGAACAGCCGGACGAAUUGGACGUCCUGCGCGGAGAUAUGUAA